UUGGAAAUUUUUAAUGUCGCCAUGGCUUGUAUUGAAAUUCUUUCUUCCUGGGUUUUUUGCUGUUUCAUCUCUAGUCUGAAUGCUGGGGGCCCCCUUAGGUUGAAUCUUCCGAAGAGGAAGUCAUGUGAGCUCGUUGGAUCCAUCUGGAGAAAUAGAAGCAUAGUCUUUCCCUUAAGAUUAGUUUCUUAGAUUUCCAUUGAUUAGUUAACCCGCCUUGAUAUCAAAUGGGCAAAGGAAAGGAGCUGUCCUUUAAUGUUUCAAAACUUCUUUUUUUGUUUGUUUGGUUUUUGUUUUUUGCUUUUGUCAAAACAUCUCUUUGUGGUAAGUUUAAAAAGUUUAAAACAAAUAAGGCUAUAUUAACAAUAGUUAUAAAAAGAAAGGAAGGCGAUAUUGAUGAAAACAUUCUUAGGAAAUAUUUCAGUCCAAAAGAAAAAAAUCAUUCAGAAAUACAUUUGGGACUGGUAUUUGGCUGUGGUUUGUGUUAUUUGGGGCAAAGGAUUAGGAGUAACCAUUCAAAUAUUUUUUCCUAAGUGAAAUUAUUGAAAAGGUGAUGCAGAACAACUUGACAAAUGAAAUGUUGCUCACAUCCAAAUACAUUUGACCUUGUCCUUGAAAAAGAAAUGCAGCUUAGCAACUGUUGAAUCUCACUGUUCAGUGUGUUAAAGAAGAUGAUUAUACUUUCAAGACAGACCUGAAAAGAAGGGCUUGGAGCAAUAACCAACAGAUUUAAAAGUGUGCUCGAGGCUGAUCAGAGGUUUUGUAUCCAAAGAGGUAUUGAAUUUGGCACUGGCCAGAAAGUUCCUGAGAGCAGCAAUUUUGUACCAUUUCCUCAAAAAAUGGAGAGCAGAGACAAAGCUGAGACAAUCAGGAAUGAAAAAGUUGUGAACUGCUUAUACCAGAAUCGUAAUGCACUUUUUAGGCUGGUUUGCUUUCCUUGGGGAGGAGGUGGCUCCACUUUCUUUGCCAAAUGGGGCCAAGAUAUUCCUAAUUCUGUGGAAGUGCAUGCCAUACGGCUUGCUGGGAGAGAAAGCCGGCUUGACGAACCUUUUGCAAGUGACAUGAAUCAGGUGGUUGAUGAAAUUGCCUGUGCCCUACUGCCGAUCAUCCAGGGUGAACAUUUUGCAUUUUUUGGCCACAGUAUGGGAUCUUAUAUUGCCUUUUUUACUGCACUACAUCUGAAAGAAAAAUAUAAUCUAGAACCAGUACAUUUAUUUGUGUCAAGUAUAAGCCCUCCUUGCGCCCAACUUUGCUUCCUCAAAGAUGAUAUGUGUGCUGGACAAAUUGAAUUUUUACUAAAGAAAAUGGGAGGCACUCCUGAGGAUUUUGUUGAUGAUGAGGAACUGAUUCAAGAAUCUGUUACCAAAGUGUUAGCAGAUCUUCACAUUUUGAAAGAUGUCAUCUAUGACACACACUCUAAGACUCGUCUUUCUUGUGACAUAACAUGCUUUUCUGGAUCUGAAGAUAUACCAGUGGAUAUGGAAGCCUGGAAAGAUGUAACCAGUGGAAAUUUUGACAGUUUUGUGCUUCCAGGACACCACUUCUAUCUUCUGGAAACUUCCAACACAAGCUUCAUCAAGAAAUACAUAACCAAGUCUCUAGAAAUAUCAGUGCUUACCUCUUAACAGAUAUCGCCCCUUCUUGGUCUUAAAACAGUCCCACUGAUCAUGUGAUACUCUUCUUCGGUUUUUCAGAGUAGCUUAGGAGUUUGUUUCAGAGAUUGGAAAAUGAUCAAUUUAUUGCUGUCAGGGUGAUGUGUUAUCUACAAAUGUAUUUCCCCACAGAGCAUUUACAUAUCUGGGGGAUGCAAGAUGAAUGGGUCAAGAAUACUUUCGGGAGGGUCUUUCUUCUUUGUAUUAGAAUCACAUUUGGGUCUCAUCUGUGGAAGGUUUGUCAAUGAAGUUCCUGCUUGGUCAAUGAUUCGUCUCUUCCUUUCGGUUAUUCUGACAGUGAAAAUCACAGACAGGGGAAGUGCUUGAAAUGAAAUGACUGUUUCAUUAACACACUGUGGCCCAAAGCCUGAUCUCAUCUUUUGAAAUACAGGGUCAGCCCAUUCAAUGAGGAAAUGUUAAAAUAAGACAGCCCUAAAUAAUCAUUGCUGCCUGUCCUGGCAAGUCCCCGGAAUGCCUGUAGCCUUCUUAGGUUCUCCUCUAAGGGGUUCCUCCAACCUGGACUGCCUGCUGUCUCUGUGUGUUCCUGCUGCUGUUCAGGCAAUGACCAACUGGGACUCGGGUGACUGUUUGGAGUCUAGUCCUCGGCGUACAGAGGGUCAGGCACAAAUGCCAGACCCAGCAGGCUGCCUCAGCUUCAUGUGUUAUCAUCUGAACCAGACAGAGAAAGAAAGCACACCAGUUGGAAACAUACAGGAAAGAAAAGGGAAAAAAUUAAGUAGGAGAAUGAUCUGAGUCAGAGCAACGGCAGACCACCACUGGUAGGAUUCACAGACGCCUACUGCCCGGGAUGGAGAGGCACCAUAUCCCCAGGGCUACGUGAGUCCUGCCAUCUCUGCCGAGGCCCAAACAGUGUUUGUCUCUUGGAAUCCUGGCUGUUUAAUUGGCACCUUGAUUUGUUAUCUCCCUUGGUUCUUCACAAUAAACCCCUACUGCACACAA